UGCCAAUUAAAGUUGCACUUGUUAUUUCAAACCCACUGCCUCCCAAAAUCUUUCAGAAACUCUGCUGAAAUACUAUGUAGGAUUGCCUGGAGGAUGUCCACCUUGUUUCCUUCUCUAAAUGCUCUAAAGUGGGUUAACCUAGAGGAGCAAAAAGCUGUCAACGUAUGUAGUCUAAAUGGUAUUCACUCCCUGUAGGGUAGCUUUACUGAAUGGCUGUUUGUUUUGUGUUGCCUGCCAUCUGUACUAAGGAAGGAACAGUAAGAAACAGCCCUCUGAAACUGAUAUUUCUCUUGAAAGGAUGUUGUUGAUGACACUGUUAAUUGCCUUUGCAUUUUCUUCUUUAUGAAGUCUUUGAAGAAAUUUCAUUGUAAUCUUAGUAACAAUUCAGUAACAAUAAAUGAUAAUUAUGCUUCUUUUGAGAAAUUAAUUUGUUAUUUUCUUGCAGACACAAUGAUUUUAUCUAACUGAUCAAAUUUUUUAUUUCACAUUGACCGUUAGAAAACUUAAAGCUAAAUUUAUGACCUACCCAUAGCAACUUUCUAGAAUUCUAUUUUAUAAUAGCCAUCAGGCUUAGCCCAAUAUUUUACCUAUCUGUUACCAUUGUUGUUCAUAUUUCCUUAUAGUUCAUUUCAUCAUCCUGUAUUUUAUUUAUCUUUGUAAGCCAUUUAACCACUUACACCUUUUUUGAAACAAGGCCUAAGUAAAUUUAAAAUCGGUAAAUACAAAGGACACCAUCAAGAAAGUGAACAAACAUUCCAAGAACAAGAAAAUUUUUUUAUAAAUUACCUAUCUGAUAAUGGACUGGGACUCGUAUCUAAAAUACAUAAAGAAUUCUUACAGUUUAAUAAUAUAGUACAAUUAAAAAAUGAAUAAAGGAUCUGAAUAGGCAUUUCUCCAAAGAUAUACAAAUGGCCAGUAAGCACAUAUAAAUAGAUGCCCAGUACCAUUAGCCAUCAAGGAAAUGCAAAUCAAAACCACAGUGAGAUACCACUUCUCACACACUAAAAUGGCUAUAACAAAAAAAAAAAACAGACAGUAACAAGUGUUGACGAGGCUGAGGAGAAAUUGGAACUCUCAUACGCUCCUGAGGAAAAUGUAAAAUGAUGCAGCCACAUUGGGAAACAGUGGGAGUGCCUCAAAAGAUUAAAUAUAGAUUUAUCAUAUGACCCAACAAUUCCACUCCAUUUUUACCUAAAGAGAAAUGAAAACAUACGUCCACACCAAAAUGUAUACACACACAUUCAUAGCAUCUCUAUUUAUAAUAGCCAAAAACCCAAUGUCUUCAAUUAAUGAAUCCAGGAACAAAAUAUAAUAUAUCCAUUUAAUGGGAUGAAUAUUGUUCAACCAUAAAAGGAAUUAUUGAUAGAUACUACAACAUGGAUGAACCUUGCAAACAUUAUGGUAAGUAAAAGAAGCCAGUCAUUAAAGAUUACCUAUUGGUGGUUUCCUAGAAACAGAAAGUAUAUUGGUGGUUUCCUAGAGCUGAGGAGGUUAGGGAGAAACAGGGAGUGACUGCUAAUGGGUACAGGAUUUCUUUAUGGCCUAAUGAAAAUGUUCUAAAAUUGAUUGAGGUGAUGGUUGCCCAACUCUGAGUAUAUGAAAACCAUUGAAUUGCACACUUUAAAUGGGUAAAUUAUAUCUCAUUAAAACUUAUAAAAAGUGCUAACAAAAAGUUUUAAUAAAAUACAUCUUAUAAAUUAAUAAAAGUAAUUCAUGCAAAUCAGGUGUUUAUUUCAAGAGUACAAAAGAAAUAUUUUUGAGCCUUUAUAGCAUUUAUUACUGUUAAUAUUUAUUUUCCUUUAAUUCUUACAUUGGAAUAAGAUUCCUAGGGGAGAGUAAACAAUAGUCAUUCUACCAGCAAUGUCUUAUGUUGAUACAUGUUAGUGGUAUAUGUUGCCUAUGAAUAGAUCAAAAACAUAAACAUUCUUAUUUUAAUAUAUGAAAUUCUUCAGAGGUUAAGAUGGUCAUAUAUACCUUUCAAAAAUUUGUGUUUUUUAAUCUCUACACAUGAGUAGAUUAUAAGAGCCUAGUAGGCUGAUUAGAUAGGAUAUAUUCAAUAAUGAGUCCAAAGAGCGAAAGACCCUUUGGAAGACUAAAGAGAAAGAAAGUUGCCGCCCUCUCUCUCUCGUAGUGACAGUCUUUGAUAUUUAUUUCAAAGUUGCCGCCCUCUCUCUCUCGUAGUGACAGUCUUUGAUAUUUAUUUCAGCUCACGUUAUUUUCACUGGAAAAUGAACCUGUGUGUAAUUCUGCUGAUCCUGGUUUUCAUGGUGCCUUUUUACAUUGGCUAUUUUAUUGUGAGCAACAUCCGACUAUUGCAUAAACAACGACUGCUUUUUUCCUGUCUCUUAUGGCUGACCUUUAUGUAUUUCUUCUGGAAACUAGGAGAUCCCUUUCCCAUUCUCAGCCCAAAACAUGGGAUCUUAUCCAUAGAACAGCUCAUCAGCCGGGUUGGUGUGAUUGGAGUGACUCUCAUGGCCCUCCUUUCUGGAUUUGGUGCUGUCAACUGCCCAUACACUUACAUGUCUUACUUCCUCAGGAAUGUGACUGACACAGAUAUUCUAGCCCUGGAACGGCGACUGCUCCAAACCAUGGAUAUGAUCAUAAGCAAAAAGAAAAGGAUUGCAAUGGCACGGAGAACAAUGUUCCAGAAAGGGGAAGUGCAUAACAAACCAUCAGGUUUCUGGGGAAUGAUAAAAAGUGUUACCACUUCAGCACCAGGAAGUGAAAAUCUUACUCUUAUUCAACAGGAAGUGGAUGCUUUGGAAGAACUAAGCAGGCAGCUUUUUCUGGAAACAGCUGAUCUGUAUGCUACCAAGGAGAGAAUAGAAUACUCCAAAACUUUCAAGGGGAAAUACUUUAAUUUUCUUGGUUACUUUUUCUCUAUUUACUGUGUUUGGAAAAUUUUCAUGGCUACCAUCAAUAUUGUUUUUGAUCGAGUUGGGAAAACGGAUCCUGUCACAAGAGGCAUUGAGAUCACUGUGAAUUAUCUGGGAAUCCAAUUUGAUGUGAAGUUUUGGUCCCAACACAUUUCCUUCAUUCUUGUUGGAAUAAUCAUCGUUACAUCUAUCAGAGGACUGCUGAUCACUCUUACCAAGUUCUUUUAUGCUAUCUCUAGCAGUAAGUCCUCCAAUGUCAUUGUCCUGCUAUUAGCACAGAUAAUGGGCAUGUACUUUGUCUCCUCUGUGCUGCUGAUCCGAAUGAGUAUGCCUCUAGAAUACCGCACCAUAAUCACUGAAGUCCUUGGAGAACUGCAGUUCAACUUCUAUCACCGUUGGUUUGAUGUGAUCUUCCUGGUCAGCGCUCUCUCUAGCAUACUUUUCCUCUAUUUGGCUCACAAACAGGCACCAGAGAAGCAUAUGGCACCUUGAACUUAAGCCUACUACAGACUAUUAGAGGCCAGUGGUUUCAAAAUUUAGAUCUAAGAGGGGGAAAAAAUGGAAACAGGGCCUGACAUUUUAUAAACAACAAAAUGCUGUGGUAGCAUUUUUCACCUCAUAGCAUACUGUUUCCCCGUCGGGUGAUACUAUGACCAUGAGUAGCAUCAGCCAGAACAUGAGAGGGAGAAGUAACUCAAGACAGUACUCAGCAGAGAGUGUCCCGUGUGCAUUUGAGGCUGGUGCAAAGGCAGAGAGGAGCCAAGAAACUAAAGGGGAAAAAUACACUGGAACUCUGGGGCAAGAGAUAGGUAGCUGGGCCAAACACAUAGGAUUUCCGUUUUAAGGUUCACAUGGAGAAGGUUAUAGCUUUCCCUUGAGAUUGACUCAUUAAAAUCAGAGAUUGUAACACUUUGGCCUUAGGUUCCUUUCAUCAAGCAAAGCUUGGUGUUGUGCUUGUGUGAUCUGACAUGAGUUAGCAUCCCACACCUCCUCAUCUGAGCCUACCCCAUUAAAAUAACCAAGAGGUUAUCUAUUCUUUUCCGGGAAAGGGGUAGUGUGCACCUGAAAUAGAUUCUACCAAAAGAGAGAUUUCAGGUAUGUCAUUUUUUCUUGAUUUCCUGUCAACUUAGUAUUAUACACCCUACUUUCAAUUCAGUA